UGGUUUCUUCGAAGAUGUACUCCGUUAUCGCUUCGAAAGGCGCGCACGUGACUCGAGGCGCUGCCAAGUUGAGUACGAGUGCCCAAGUAUGUGGAAGUAUUAGCAAGAUCGGAAACAGAGAUGUGGUAGGACACGGUUUCAAUGGGGAAGCGAGCUAUAUGGACAGAGCUGAUUAUCCGUUCCCUGCUGUUCGGUUUCGCGAGCCAGCCUCGGACUUUACGGCGGUUCUUGAGAAGGAGCGGGGGGAUUGGAACAAGCUGUCGAUAGAAGAGAAGAAAAAGCUUUAUCGGUACUCCUUCUGUCAGACGAUUGCCGAACUGAAGGCACCAACCGGUGAAUGGAAGUUUUGCAUCGGAGCUACCUUGUUUAUGAGUUCCCUAUCUCUUUGGAUUUACAUUUGGAUGAAGACGUAUGUGUACAGUCCUCUCCCGGAAUCCACAAAGGAGGAGAGUAAGAGGGCUCAACUGCGUCGUCAGCUGGACAUGAGAAUCGAUCCCAUCGAUGGUAUAUCUUCCCGGUGGGACUAUGAUAACGACAAAUGGAAGUGAUUCGUGUAAGAAUCGGGAAGGACUCAGCUAAUGAGGAUUCAAAAGUCUCCUGAAGUCGCGACGAACUUCUCGCUUCCUAGUUCGUAGUGGCUGAAUUUCGACUCUGAUUUGCUUCCUGUCAAUCUUCGUGUAGUGAGUGCAAUCGUUCGGUGCUUUAGAUACUGGGAGUUUAUGUUUAAAAAAAGAAGCUGUGUCCUAGUGAUUGAAUUUGUUCGCCUUUCGUCAGACGGAUAAUAGAAAAAUGUGAUACGCUUCAACCAUGGACUACCAAUUCUCUGUUCGUAUUGACUAGCCGUUCCCUGAUAUUUCCCGCGGUACUUCCGAGUUCUUCCGUCCUUGAAUGUCCGAAGUUGUUUCAGUACACAUGAGUCGACUAAUCCAGGCCGAUCCUUCUUCAGAUCUGCUACCGCUUCUACAAUGCUCAUCAAGAAUCCGUCAUCUCCAACGUAACGUAGUUAACUAUGAGUGUAGUCUGAAGUCAUGAACUGUUCUUGAGUAGGAUGUGACGUUCACUGCGAAUUUUGCAAUGUCAAGUAAGAAUUUUUUUGUUCUAACGCUUCGAAUGGAAGCUCAACUUGAAUAUUGGUCCUAUUGCUUGAUGCAUUAGGUGGGAACGAAAAAAGUUGCUACCUCAAGAAGAACUCGGUUGUAUGGUUUCAUUCUUUGAGAACGAUCUUCCUGAAUUUCAAGAUUUGAGGAUUUAUGAUUUUAUGUUCUUUCACCGCCAAUCAUUUCGCAUGGAUUUCCUUGCUAACGUUCGUAGUACGAAUGUUCUUCAUUCGGUAUGCAUUUUAUUGUUUUUAAGGUGGACUUCUAUAAUGAUAUUCACAGCUAUAUUGGGAUAUCUUAAGGCGCAGAAGUGUUCUGGUUAAUCCUUCGAAAGCCCAAUGCAUGGACUGUUCACCGCAUGCAGUGCAAUAAUUUUGUCUAUUCGCCCGAAGCAGUGAUAGAAUACAGGUGUACACCAUAUAAGAGUA